AUGGCUACAUCUGUUGCAAGUGGUAAUGCUGGGUCUGCCUCCUACUCAAUGGCUUCUCUCUAUGUCGGAGAUUUACACCCUGAUGUCAACGAGGCUAUUCUCUUCGAGAAAUUCAGUACCGCUGGUCCUGUUCUUUCUAUCCGAGUUUGCCGUGACAACGCUAGUCGUCUUUCUCUUGGAUAUGCUUACGUCAACUUCCAACAGCCUGCUGAUGCUGAGCGUGCUUUGGAUACCAUGAACUUCGACAUUUUGCAUGGAAAGCCCAUGCGUAUUAUGUGGUCUCAGCGUGACCCCGCUGCUCGCAGAUCUGGUUCAGGAAAUAUUUUCAUCAAGAAUUUGGACAAAUCUAUCGACAACAAGUCUAUCUACGAUACUUUCUCUCUCUUCGGAAGUAUCCUCUCAUGCAAGGUUGCUGUUGAUGACGAAGGAAACAGCAAGGGAUACGGAUUUGUUCACUUCGAAAAAGAAGAAGAUGCUCUUAAUGCUAUUACCAAAGUUAAUGGUAUGCUUUUAGCUGGAAAGAAAGUCUUUGUCGGAAAGUUCCAACCACAAGCUGCUCGUGCUAAAGAAAGAGGAGAGUGUGGAACCAAGUUCACCAACUUGUUCGUCAAGAACUUUGGUGAAGAGCUCGAUGAUGAUAAGCUUGAGAAGCUUUUCUCUGCUUACGGAAAAAUCACUAGCUUCACCGUUAUGAAGCAACAAGAUGGAAAAUCUCGUGGAUUCGGUUUUGUUGCUUUCGAGAAGCCAGAAGAUGCCGAAAAUGCUGUCGCCGCUAUGAACGAUAAGGUUUUGGAUGGAAGUGACCUCAAACUUUUCGUCGGACGUGCUCAGAAGAAGAGUGAACGUAACGCAGAACUCAAGAAGAAGUUCGAACAACACAAAUCUGAACGUGCUUCCAAGUUCUCUGGCGUAAACUUGUAUGUCAAGAACCUUGAUGACUCUGUGAAUGAUGAAACUCUCCGCAAGCAUUUCGAACAGCACGGAAAAAUCACCUCCGUCAAGGUCAUGACUGAUGAAACUGGUAGAUCCAAAGGAUUUGGUUUCGUCUGCUUUGAAAACCCUGAAGAAGCUACUAAGGCUGUUACUGAAAUGAACACCAAGAUGGUCUGCUCUAAGCCUUUGUACGUUGCUAUUGCCCAAAGAAAGGAAGAUCGUCGUGCUCAACUUGCCUCCCAAUACAUGCAGCGUUUGGCUAACAUGCGCAUGCACAGUGUUGGCGCUGGAACUAUGUACACUCCAGGUACUGGAGGAUUCUUUGUUUCUAGCACCCUUCCUAACCAACGUGGCGGCUUCGUCCCAUCUGCCGGAGGAACUAACAUUCGUAUGAAUGCUAGACAAUGGAAUGUUCAAAACCAGUAUAAUGGUACCGGAACAUACAUGGUUCCAAACCCACAAAUGUAUGCUGGACGUGUCCGUCCAACAAACGGAAACACCGGUGGAGCUCGUGGAACUCAACAAUACCCUGCCAAUAACGCCCAAGGUGUUGUUCGCACUCCUCAACAGCGUGUUGGACAAUCUGGACCAGUAGCCGGACAGCCUCAAGGUGCUAACCAAAGACCUAACCAAGUUGGACGCUCUGGACCCACUGGUGCUAAGCCAGGUGCUCCAAUCUUCACCCAACAGGGACAACAGAGACCCCCACAAGGAAUCGUUGUUUCUGGACAAGAACCUUUGACCACUCUUAUGUUAUCUCAAGCUGCUCCACAAGAGCAAAAGCAACUCUUGGGAGAGCGCAUUUAUGCCCUCAUUGAUAGAAUGUAUCCUAACCACAAGGAAGCCGGAAAAAUCACCGGAAUGAUGCUUGAAAUUGACAACUCGGAACUUAUCAUGAUGCUGCAGGACACUGAACUGUUCCGUGCCAGAGUUGAUGAGGCUGCUAGCGUUCUCGCUCAGUCUAAUAAAGCCGCCUAA